GGGGGGAGGGGGGGUAUCAGUCGCCAUGACCCUGCGGCUCGGGCUCGGGCUGGUGGUGCGGGCGGCCCCCCGGGCGGGGCUCAGGCCCGCGGGCCCCGACACCGGACACCGCUACAGCAGCUCCGGACUCCUUGGGAUUCAGGAACGGACGCUGGUUGCUGUGAAACCAGAUGGAGUCCAGAGGCGGCUGGUGGGAGAAAUAAUCCAUCGCUUUGAACAGCGAGGAUUUCAGCUGAUCGGAAUGAAGCUGGUGCAGGCUCCAAAGGAAGUGCUUUCAGAGCAUUAUCAUGAUCUGCAGGAGAAGCCUUUCUACCCAGCGCUGAUCAACUACAUGAGUUCAGGCCCCAUCGUGGCUAUGGUCUGGGAAGGUCACAACGUUGUAAGAAUGUCUCGGGCGAUGGUGGGAGACACCAAUCCUGCAGAGGCACGUCCUGGCACCAUCCGCGGGGACCUCUGUGCCCACAUCAGCAGAAACGCCAUCCACGCCAGCGACUCUUUUGAAGUAGCCAAGAAGGAGAUCAGUCUGUGGUUCAGUGACCAGGAACUGAUAGAAUGGCAGUCCUGUAUACACAGUAACCUCUACAACAUGUAGAGUAUUCUGGAGCCCAACACUCCGAAGAACUCUUACUACCUCCCGUGGUGUUUCCUGGUAAAUGAAUCUCCUGUUCAAAUGCUGUCGUGUCUGAAGACUCACUGUCCACAUUAAUUAAUAUAAUCCCACUUUCCAUCAGUGUGGAAAUGGCUGCCUUGUUUGAACCUGAAAACUAAUGGGAGUGGUUGUGAAUUCCUAUGUGGUGCUUACUCCAGGCUGGUGCCAGUGUAUCAUGAUAUUCUUGUAGGAUACAAUCCUUCAUUAAAGUGAUUUUCAUGUUCA